AUGGACGACAUCCUGGUCUGGGGAUCCACGAGAGAGGAGCACGACAUGAGACUCCACGCUGUCCUCGACCAUGCAGAGAAGGUGGGCGUCACCCUGAACAUGUCAAAAUGUCAGUUUGGCAAAAGAGCAGUGAAAUUCUUAGGAUUCAUUGUGUCAUCUGAAGGCAUGAGUCCUGACCCUGACAAAACUAGUGCGGUGCAGAAUAUGACAGAGCCAAGCACCGUGAUACUGCAGCUUUACGACCCAAACAAACCCCAAAAGAUCUCAGCAGAUGCCUCUUCAUACGGGUUGGGGGCAGUUUUGCUACAGAAAGACAAUGACGUGUGGUCACCAGUUGCGAAUGCCUCGCGAUCAUUGACAGCCACAGAGCAGCGCUAUGCUCAGCUGGAAAAAGAAGCGCUGGCGCUCACCUGGGCCUGUGAAAGAUUCAGUGACUUUAUUCUAGGGCUACACUUUGAGCUUGAGACCGACCAUAAGCCACUUGUGAGCCUACUUGGAGGACAAGCCUUGGAUUUGCUUCCACCGCGGAUACAGAGAUUCCGCAUGUGCCUAAUGAGGUAUUCUUACACUAUAACGCACAUUCCAGGCAAAAGCCUCACCACAGCCAACACGCUGUCACGGUUACCGCUGGCAGACAGCGUGAUGCCCAGAGACAAUGAUCUUAUGGAGGACACCGAUAUUUACGUUGAUGCAGUGCUGGAGGGCCUUCCUACUAGCAGCAAAUACCUUGCAGAUCUCCGUGAGCAGCUACAGUCUGACAGCGUCUGUUCCCAAGUCAUGAAGUUCUGUGCAGAGGGCUGGCCUGACAGGAACCAGCUGCAGGGAGUGGUAAAACACUACUGGUACCCGCAGAGCAACGGCGAGGCGGAGAGGGGUGUCCAGACCAUCAAAAAUCUCCUCAAGAAAGCCAGCGAUCCAUACAAGCCAUUGCUGGCAUACAGAACAACAGCACUGGCGAAUGGCUACAGCCCGGCUCAACUUCUCAUGGGGCGCAGGCUUCAUCAACAGCGAGUCCUUCAGAGAUCAGAGCAUGUUUUGGAGCUUGGAGAUCAUCGUUUGGUGAUCACAGUCCGAGAAAGUCUGGAAAGUGACGACACCUCUCAUUUCAUCACCCCUACUUCCACUCCAGCAGAGACUCCUGAGAACAUUCCCGCCUCGUCUCUUCCACCAAGCGAUGAAGAGUAUGAACUACACGUUGAUAAUUAUCUCCUUCGUUACCUGAAAGAAUGUCCUCAUGCUCAGCAAGAACUUGAGAACAUGCUUGCCUGUUUAGCCUGCUCUGCUGAUCUUUACUGUGAGGAGGGGAGAGUUUUAGUCAGGAGGCGAGCUCAACCUGGUGCUGCAGAUGAAGUUAGUGAUUGGAAAGCUGAGGUAGACGCUCUCUUUGGUGGCUACUUUUGCCAUUAUGAGGUAAACCCUGACAAAGUUGAAGCUUUGGUUCAGUCCAGCAGCUCUUGUCAGACUGCAGGUGAGGUGAAGGUGUACACAGAUGAGUCUGGGAUGGCUGUUGUUGUUGGAGAACUGUCUCUGGUUCAUGCCAGGUUGUUAGACACUGAGCAACCUUCAAGUUUCCGUGACGAUAUGGCAUCUCUGAGUUUAAGAGAGGAAAGCACAACCAUUGCUAGCUACAGCCUUUGUGAUGGGCUCCAGGUGUUUGUGUGUCAGGGUGACAUCACCAAGCAACACGCUGAUGCUCUGGUUAAUGCAGCCAAUCAGGACUUGGACCACUCUGCAGGUGUUGCUGCUGCACUGAGUCGAGCUGGUGGUCCUGAAAUACAGAGAGAGAGUGAUGAAUUAGUGAAGUGUUUUGGGAAAAUUCCCAUAGGAGAAACAGUAGUGACCACAGGGGGUAACUUAAAGUGCAAGAAACUGCUUCAUGCAGUUGGGCCUGUAGGUGGAAAAGCAAGUGACAGAGAUAAGAUGUUACUGGAGAAAACUGUGCAUUGUGCUUUAAAUUUAUCAGAAAUAAUGGAGUUUCAGUCCAUAGCCAUUCCUUGUAUCAGCUCAGGUGUGUCUGGGGUUCCUCUCACUGUGUGCACUGAGGCAACUGUUGCUGCUGUGAAGGACUUUGGCAGUGUGGGAGGUCGAAGUUUGAGGAAAAUCAUCCUGAUUGAUAACAGAGAGGAGGCGGUGAGGGCCAUGCAGGAAGCAUGUGACAGGCUUCUCCAAGGGAUAGAUACACCUGAUGAAGAUACAGCAAGAGGAGCCACUGCCAGAGCUCCUGGAGGCAGAGUCCACAUGGAGGUUAUUCAGGGAUCGAUUGAGAGCCAACAGGUGGAUGCUUUGGUGUCUCCUAUGGUUGGCCAUGAUCCUCUCUCUACCCGUGUUGGAAAUGCUUUGUUUGAAGUAGCUGGACCACAGCUGACCACAAGGUUUAGAAAGGAAGAGGAAGAUGAAACAAUGCCUGGUGACUCAGUACUGCUGGAGGGCUUACCUGGACUUCAGUCUAAUGCAGUCUUCUUCCUCAAUCUUGUUCCCUGGGAUGGUGACCCAGACGGAGUUGCAGUCCAGGUUCUUCGAAUGGGCAUCAACACAAUCCUAUCUUCUUGUGAGAAGAAAAGAUUCAGAUCUGUUGCUCUUCCCGUCCUCGGUGCUGGGAUGGCCCUGCAGUUUCCUGUCAGUGAGGUGGUGAGGGCUUUAAAGAAGGAAGUUCAUGUAUUUGAAGAGGAACGAGUGGGCAUCACACCACUCCUGAUCCACAUUGUCAUUCACCCCGAUGACGAGUCAGAUCAGACAUUUGGCUCAGUCCAAAAAAACAAAUUCACUGAAGGUGUUCACCAUAAAGACCAAGAUCAAGAUUCAACAACGAUGAGGUUGGUCCUGCUGGGAAAAACUGGAUCUGGGAAAAGUCACCUGGGUAACAACAUUCUUGGAGAGGAGCUCUUUGCCACUUAUGACUCUCCAAACUCUGGAACAAUGAAAUGCCAAACAGAAACCAAAACAGUCAGUGGAAGAAGCAUCACUCUGAUUGACACCCCUGGUUUCUUUGACACAGGAAGGUCUGAGGAAGAUCUGAAGCCUGAGAUAAUGAGCUGUAUGACAGAGUGUGCUCCUGGGCCUCAUGCUUUUCUCAUUGUGCUUCGAGUGGGUAAAUUCACAGAGCACGAGCAGGCUGUCGUCACUAAGAUAGUUCAGUCUUUCUCAGAUGAAGCUCUAAAAUAUGCUGUAGUUGUUUUCACUCACGGUGACCAGCUCAAGAAAAAUAUGAAAAUUGAAGAUUUUGUCAGUCAGAACAAAAAUCUGAGUGAUCUGGUGUCAAAGUGUGAUGGUCGGUGUCACGUCUUUGAUAACGAACACUGGAACAACAACCAGCCAAACAACUACAGGAGCAACCAGUUCCAGCUGGAGGAGUUGCUGAAAACAAUAGAAAAAAUGGUGGUGGAAAAAAACGGAGGUUACUACACCAAUAAAAUGCUGCAACAUGUGGAGACGGCAAUACAAGAACAGGUAGAGCAUAUUAGACACUCAAUGCCAGAUAAAACCCCAGAAGAGAUCAGAAACCAGGCUAAAUCUAAUGUGUUUAACAGGUGUGGCAUGGAAAAAGGUUAG